AGAUACCCAGUCCAAUAACCCGCACGAAUCUCAAAGCGGUCAAGAGAAAAAAAAACAGAGAAAGAAGACUCCUUUCAGGAGUCUUCUUCCUCCUCUCCGACGAAUCCGGGAUCAAGCCGGAGACCUAGGGCUGCUAGGACCCCAAGAUCCUCUAUAUACCCCUAUCCCCCACAAAGCGCUACACCGGUGAUCAUUGCGUCCCUCUUUCUUCCUCUUUUCUCCUCUUAAAGCCGCGGCCUCCCGUGCUUGCGCCCUCCGGAAAUCGGGGCUAUCGACUCCGCCGGAAAUCGAGAUCAUAAAUCUAAGGAAAUAUAUGAUAAAUAUGAAUAACUCACAAUCUGAAAGGAGGGCUCGUCCUGCCCUAAAUCUGGAUAUGAUUAGCAGCCUGCCAAAAGAUAUUCUAGACAAAAUCCUCAUGUGUUUACCACUGAGGGAUGCCAUUCAGACAAGCUUCUUAUCAAGGACGUGGAGGCAUGCAUGGACUUCAAUGCCAGCAUUGCUGUUUAUUGAUGACUCUAUUCCAUCUACUGGUUCGAAUGCCAAUUUUCUCUCAUUUGUCGAUCGGGUUCUCUUACUCCAUAAUGGCCCAAUCCUGAAGUUUCAUCUUGUGAGUAGUUGCUGUUGCGAGGUGGCUAUUGAUCGAUGGAUGCUUGUCUUAUCAAGAAAUGGUAUUCAAGAGUUUGUCUUCAAUUCAUGGUAUGAUGAGAGGUACAAGGUUCCUUCUACUCUAUUCUUUUGCCAAGAAUUGAAACAUGUGGGGCUGUCUAAUUGUAUAUUUGAACCGCCUCAAAUGUUCAAAGGCUUUAGCUUGUUAAGUUCUCUGAAACUCAACCAGACUACACUCACUGACAUUGGAUUAGAGAACUUGGUUUCAAGCUGCCCACUUUUGGAGAUUUUGUGGCUAUCAAACUUCAAUGGGUGUACUCAUCUCAAGAUUCAUGCGCCAAAGCUCCUAGCAUUGAGUAUUUUUGGUUUCUUUGAAGAUCUCCAUCUACAAACUCCAAAUUUGGUUGUUGCAACCCUUGCACUAGAUGUAAAAGCUGGCCAACAUGUAGCAAGUGGAACAAAAAGCAAUCUGAUCCAGGCUCUUUCUUCUAUACCUGCGAUUAAAAUGCUAGAAUUAGGUGAAUACUUUGUAGAGUAUUUGGCUGUUGGAUCUUUGCCAGAAAAGCUUCCCACGACAUUCAAUUGUUUAAGGAAACUCACAGUGGACAUAGAUCUUGGAGUUCUAGAGCAGACAAUGGCAGCACUUUGCUUGUUUCAGAAUGCCCCGAACUUAGAAGAACUUGAGUUAUGGCAAGCAUUAGAAGAAACUCCAAUGGUCCCUGCUGGAAAAUUCUGGAAAUUGAAUGUGGAUCAGAGACUUCCAUUCAAGCACCUUCGAAAUGUGUGCCUCUAUUAUUUUUUGGACUUGGAAGCUCACUUUGAAUUUGUGAAAUUUGUACUCAGCACUGCACCGGGGCUUAAAAAAAUGACUUUAAGAAGUCAUGAUUGCCCGGAUGAGUCAAAAGUCCUGAGGAAGUUGCUGCAGUUUCCAAGAGCAUCAAAGCAAGCUCAAGUCAUGUAUAUAUGAACAUUGUUACAAUUCAAUGAUGCUUAAUUACAGACUGGAAAACAUGAUUAAAUCAUUCAUCUUUUCUGAAUUAUUAUAACCCUUUCAU